GAGGAGUUAUCGCGAGAGCAGCGGCAUACCGCGCGACCGCAGCGCUGCACGGAUGGCGCCGGUGGGGGCUGCGUGGGGCCGAGUCGAGCGGAGCGGAUACGCCCACGGCUCAGCCUCCUCUCCGCCGUUAAAUCACACGGUGGGACACACGAGCGGACGGAGAGAGGCGGCGACUGCAUCCGGGGGCAUGAAAGGACAUGGGAGCGUCUGGACGGCCCAAACAACAUCCAUCUGACAGGAUCCGCCAGAGGACCACUUGCCAGAGGACGAGUGACAAACAGAUGCCAGCAGCGGCUCUGGCAGCGAGCAGGCGGAUUCUGAAGAAGUAAAGCACGGCUGGAGAGGGGCCGGCUUGUAUGGGGGCCAAAUCCCCGUCCAAGACACACGGCGUCGCCUCCGUCUACCGCCUCCCUCCUCUUUUCUCCCAUUCGCCUUCUGUCACUCUCAUGGGAGUGACAUAGACGCCUCGGUGGGACCGCGGACGUCCAGGUAGGGAUGUCGUGGAAGAGGAACUACUUUGCGUCCGGCGGCGGAGCGGUCAGUGGGGCGCAGGGGCUGGCGACCCCGAGAACCAUGACCUCCAUCGCGCCCAGCAAAGGCCUGAGCAACGAGCCGGGACAGAACAGCUGCUUCCUGAACAGCGCCCUUCAGGUUUUGUGGCAUCUGGAUAUCUUCCGCAGGAGCUUUCGCCAGCUGACCAUACACAAAUGCAUGGAGGACUCAUGCAUCUUCUGCGCACUCAAGAGCAUCUUUGCCCAGUUUCAGUUCAGCAGUGAGCGCGUGUUGCCAUCCGACGCGCUGCGGAGCGCCCUGGCUAAGACCUUCCAGGACGAACAGCGCUUCCAGCUGGGCAUCAUGGAUGACGCUGCAGAGUGCUUUGAAAACCUCCUGAUGCGGAUUCACUUCCACAUCAGCGCAGAGAGCCGAGAAGACAUCUGCACGGCCAAACACUGCAUCCCGCACCAGAAGUUUGCCAUGACCCUGUUUGAGCAGUGCGUGUGUAACAGCUGCGGCGCCACGUCGGACCCGUUGCCCUUCAUUCAGAUGGUUCAUUACAUCUCGACCACGUCCCUAUGUAACCAAGCGGUGAGGAUGCUGGAGUGCCGGGAGAGGGCCACACCGGACAUGUUUGGGGAACUUCUUCGCAACGCCAGCAACAUGGGGGACCUGCGCAACUGCCCGAGUAAUUGUGGCGAGGUGUUGCGCAUCCGCCGUGUGCUGAUGAACUCACCGGAGAUCGUCUCCAUUGGGUUGGUAUGGGACUCUGACCACUCUGACCUGGCUGAGGACGUCAUACACAGCCUGGGCACCUGCCUGCGCCUGGGAGAUUUGUUCUACCGUGUGACAGAGGAGCGGGCUCGCCAGGCAGAGCUCUACUUGGUGGGUAUGGUGUGCUACUACGGCAAGCACUACUCCACCUUCUUCUUCCAGACCAAGAUACGCAAAUGGAUGUACUUCGACGAUGCCCACGUCAAAGAGAUCGGCCCUAAGUGGAAGGACGUGGUGUCCCGCUGUAUCAAAGGCCAUUAUCAGCCCCUGCUGCUACUUUACGCUGACCCCCGCGGGACGCCGGUGAUACUGCAGGAGAGCGCCGGCGCCGACCCGCCGCUGGAGAUCCAGCACUGCAGCAGCAAGGCCGGCUACGACAGCGAAGACUCGGGUCGGGAGCCGUCCAUUUCCAGCGACACCCGCACGGACUCGUCGACCGACAGCUGCAGCCACCGCGCCUACCGCAGCCGGCCCUUGCACCAGUCUACGGGCAGCCACCUAUCCAGCGACUCUCAGACCACCGUGGUCUGCAACUACGAUCUUGGAACGCCGCCGCACGCUGCCGACGCGGGAGAGUCAGCAGUGGAGGGUCCUCACCGGCCUCCCUCUCCCCCCCUGCAGGAGUACAAGGAGACGGCCGUCUUCCUGCUCUCCUCACGGCGGCCGCUCACCUCUUCCUCGUCCUCUUCUCGGCCACUGUCCUCCUCCUCCUCUUCGGGGGUGGGAGGGUGCGAGGGCGGCGUCGGGGGACCUCACUGGGAGGAUGAGAGCACCAGCAGCGAGAGCAAGUCCAGUUCUUCUGGCGGCUGCUACCGGCCCACCUGGAGGCCCCGGAGAGAAGCCCUGAACAUCGACAGCAUCUUCUCGGGCCAAAGCCAGCGGAUCUGCUCUAAGGGUUACCACACCCUGCCGGGACCCUCUCACCCGCCGCCGCUCCAGUCACCCUCACCCUGCGUGCGGCCCACCACCCCAACGCCGCGGAGCUCGCAACUUACCGAGGGCAGGCAGGUUGCGGAGGUGGAGGCGAGAUUCGGACCGGUUGGGCAGCCCAGAACUCUGGGACGGAUGAUGGGCCCCCCUGCCCCGACGCCUCUGAGGGGGGUUGAGCACCAGCCUCGCCUGAUCCAGAGGAUGGAGAGCGGCUACGAGAGCAGCGAGAGGAACAGCAGCAGCCCUGUCAGGGAGGUGGGCCAACAGAAACGGGCGCUGAUGUCCGGACCGUCAUGGCGCUCGGUGCCCAAGUCAAAGAGCAGCGGUGCUAUUCUGCAGGAGUUGCCCUCGCCGAGCUGGGGUAACGCCAUCAGGCCUGUCUCAGGGCGCAGCGAGCUGGACGAGCUACAGGAGGAGGUGGCCAGGAGAGCCCGCCAGCAGGAGCAGCAGAAGCGCAAGGAGGCAGAACAGGAGGCGGCCAUGGGCUUCAACCCCAAACCCAGCAAAUUCAUGGACCUGGAUCAGCUCCAGCACCAGGCUGUACUCAGACCCCUGCAUGAGGCCAGCGCUCCUAGCGGCUCAUCUGUAGCCGCCGCGUGCAUGAGGAGCGCUGGCGGCCCGCUCAGAGGCAGGCCGGAACAGGAAGUGCAGCAACGGGAGUCAGGAGGCGCCCCUCGCCCACAGGGGCCUCGCAGUGAACAGCCUGACUCGGUCCAAGUACUGCUGACGCCCAAUCAGGGGGAGGAAGAGGACCCGGUGGCCAAUCAGGAUGCAGCUCAGAGCCAGGCCCCGCCCCCUCUGCCUCCACCUCCACCCUACCGCCACACAGUGGCUCCCCCUCGUCCGGCGCUCACUCUCAGCAUCGCUCACCCGUGCGCCCCCUCCAAUGACGUCGGUGGGGGGGUGAGGCUGUGCGAGUUGCUCCAGGCCGGGGGGGUGAGCGUCAGACCCUUGGGGAGGCACUUGGCCAUUUCCCUUCCAUCCCUCCCGCUGCGCUUUUGGGAGACGCCCGUAACGCUCCCUCCUCCUCCUCUGCCGCCGCCUCCCGUCACCAAACCUGUCACGCCUCUCUGGCAGCCCCCUCAGCCCGGUUCCACCUCAACCCCUCAACGUUGGCUGCCCUCCGACGGAGCCACCCGCCAUUGGUCCUCUUGGAGUCUAGACCGUCCCGACGCAAUGGUGACGCCCUACGACACCCCACCGGACCGCUACGCUGCCAUCCCGUCGCAAGCACCCAGGGCCGGUCGCCAGCCCGCUCGAGGGAACUACGGCUCCCAACGUGCCUCGGGGCAACAUGGCGAUCCCACCAGCUGGGAGCGUGAGGAGCCCGAGAUAACAGAGCUUACAGAGCUUGACACCCUUUACCAGGCCAGUCUGCAGGCUGGGAGGACAGGCUGCAGCCCGUCAGAGCGGCUCAUCUCCAGGGUGGGAGGGCAAGCUCGCUCCAGAACCCCCAACGCAGACAUGGAGAGGAGCGUGUUUGGGCCGGACGGCGCCAGCACCCCCACCUACCUCAACAAGCCGAUGAUGUUGCAGGGUCUGCGUUUGGGGGCGGGGCCAGAUGUCGAGGGGGACAACCCCAGGAGAAUGGGACGGAGCCUGAGUGGCACUGUGGUGGUGACCCCGCGCCACGCCCGCCUGACCGCCACCCGCAGCUUUGAGCUGUCAGGCAGUGCCGGGAGUUUCUGGCUGUGUCUGACGGGGGUCAAACUGUCCUCUGGCCAGGGUCCCGCUCGGCCUCACUAAUCUCUAACGGCAUCCCGGAUGCGCACGCCUCAACGGGCCUGGAUCGGACGGACGACCCUCCUCCCGCGGGGACGCCGCUCAUACGCAAACAUGCACACACGCACACCCCCCGCAGCGCAAAGUAGAGCUCACCCCCCUGCUUCUGCCCCUCCCCAACGCCCCGCCCUCACCUUUCUCGCCCCACUAUUCUGUCUAUGCAGUCACUCUUGACCCCCGAAAACCUCAAACCUCUCCUGUUGUUGCUCCCCUUUCGACACUUUGGAGGUCGGGCGCGGGGACUCUCAGAGUAGCCACGCCUCUUCCUCUUUCUCCACGGGCAUUUCCUGGCGGACGCACACACGUAGCAGCGGAACUGUUUUUCUGUUAGACAGCCAUAUUUUCUCUUUUUGUUGUUGCCCCUCCCCCUGAGGCCGUGUACAGAACAUAUAUGAACUCUGUAGCAACUAAGACCUUCUGGAAUGUUUGUGACUAUUCAACAUCUAAGUGAGGGGGUGCACUUCACAAGUGUCGGAGCGGGAUGUAUUUUUGCCCCUCGAACGCCGCCCUCCUCCUCUUUCCGACUUUUUUCGCCGCUAGCUCACCUACCUGACAUGACAGUUCUCCCGUUUCUACCGGGAACUUGAACAA